UUACAACGCGCGCACUUGCAACUCGACGCGCACGCGCAGCAUCACGCGCUUCCAGUAGGAAUGCACGCGAGAGACGGAAUAUAUAAAUGCAAUGAUGGCGACAGCAGCAGAGGAGAUCUCAGAAAACACUGAGACACCAGUGUCUUUCAAAAGCGCAAGGAAAAACCAGGAUAGACCCUGGAAACUGAGCUUUAUUUAUCUGCAGUGCUAUUUUUUAACAAUUGCUACAAUACUGGGAACCGGGAUCCUGGGAUUGCCUGUAACUAUCGCUCGGGCAGGUCUGGUGCCUUUCUUGAUAUCCUUCCUUGUAGGCUUUCUAGUGCAGGCUCUGCUCAUUUACCUGUUUGUAGAUUUGCUUCAGCGAUGCCGUUUAGCCCAACUUGAGGCACUAAAGACUGCAGAAACUGAGAGGAUCUUAAUGAUAGAAGUCGGUUCUGCAGAACCUCUGACACAAAAUGCAGAAGAGGAAGAAGAUACGGAGGAAGUGGAAGAGGCAGAUACAGGUCUUCUGCAAAGUGACGUCACAGCACGGAGGCAAGAUGAGGACCUUCAGCCAAAUCUGCACGUGCUGGGAGUUCUCUUCCUGGGCAAACACACCAGCCAUGCAUUCAACUUUGUUCUGCUCUUUCAAUUUGUGUCUAUCGGGAUCAGUUACGUCCUGGCGGGAAGUGAGGCCUACGCUGCACUGUUUCAUACCAGUCAUGUCUACGUGAUCCCUGCAUUUACAUGGACGCUCUCAUUGGGGAUUCUUCUGGCCCAGAUCAUCAUUCAGCCCAUCACGUCACUGCUGACACUCCUCAAAGGAAUCCUGCUGGUUAUUACUGUGGCCGUGACAUUUGUUGUGGGUUCAGAGGUUCACCAAGAGACCACGAAUGACUUCACCCAAAUCGGGAAGCCUUUUCUAAUGGGAACAGUUGCUCUCGGUGGGAUUGUCAACGUCAUGCCUUUUUUAUUUUCAGAAAUCUCCCAUGUUAAAACACAGGUUUUAUGGUUCAGAAGAGCUGUACUUGGAGGACUUGCUACAUGCACACUCUUAAAUAUAUUAUGGUGUUGGGCAGUUUUAGAGAUUGUUCCCCAGAUGGCCGUGGAGUCACUGCUGGAGGAGAAACUCUUAAAUAGCAGCGCAGGACAAACAGAGACGACUCAUACAGCACACACAUUUAUCUACUCCAACAUCUCCCUAGAGGAGUCCGAAAAGGCAGGGGAGAUAGCAACGAUUCCUCUAACUAAGAUCAUAACACAGAAGUACAGCCGGUUCUCAUGGGUGGCAGAGCUGAUCCAGAUCUUCACCACCAUCAGUAUAACCGUGAGCUUCCUCGUGAUGGGCACAGCCAUGAAGCACACCAUCGAUGGCCUCGUCGCCUCACACUGGACAGAGAACGCUGAAUGGAUGACGAGAAUCAGCUCACAGUGGAGGACAUCAGGCCAGAGCUUACAGCACUGCAGACGGUUCUUCAGCACUUUCGUGUCCUUUUUGGCUUUCGGCCUCAUUUUUGUCAUUUCAGCUUGUGAUCCGAAGGGAUUUGUUGUGAUGCUUGACAAAGUGGUCUCCUUCUCCUUGAACACGGAGGUGGGCUUGUUCAUCUUCCUCAUGCUGAGAGCCUCCAGAUCCGAGCGUUUCAAGCAUCUGACGGUGCCUCUGCCAGCGAGCGAGAGACUCUUCAGGCUCAACUGGCUGCUGCCCAUCUACUUCCUGUUCGCUGUAGCUUACGACAUCUUCCAGAGCAUCCUAGAGAUCACUGAGAACGUGGCUCUCAUCCUCCACACCAAUUCUUCUCUUGGAUGAGAACGACUGGAUAUCAGGUGGGAGUCGCUGGAAAGGGAGGCGACAUGCUGCUCCAAACCAGGACUUGACAGAGGGCAACAAGAAUGGGAGGUAACAUGAGGACAAGAUCUAAACUGCCUGGAUUCCUGGAAGACCAUGGGGAUUGCAUAACGUUUUUGCCCUCCUCCGGCACUUUGAGAACUCUAAGCAUGUCAUUUAGAAAAACAACAAUGUGACUUGUUUUUACAGAAAAAGGAAGCAUUUUGAAAGAAAAUAACAUUUUUAAAAGAGUUACCAAAAAAACAGCUCCUUUCUAGAAUUGAUUAAACUAAACUUAGAAAAAAAAAAAAAGAAUGAGAAAAAUUAUAAAUAUUGACAGCUUUGUUAGUUUCUACAUAAUUUUGAUGCAAAUUAGCAUACCUACACUACAUUAGUCCUUUGUUGUUGCUGAAUCAACAAGUCAAAUUGCAUGUUGUUUUUGAAUCUAUGUGAAAAAUGUUACCAUCCUGUAACUCCGUGGUUCCCAUUCCUGUUCCUGGAGAACCCCCAACACUGCACAUUUUAGAUGUCUCCCUAGAUAAGAGAGACACCAAAAACGUGCAGUGUUGGGGGUUCUCCAGGACCAGGAUUGGGAACCACUGCUGUAACUGAAUGAUCCUGGAGCUGAUUUCAUGUGUAUUGCAGCACAGACACAGACGUGCUGAGCAUGUUUAAUGAACUUAUUUGCCUCUGUUAACGAGUGACACUAAAUGUGGCCUGAUUGCCAGCAGCUACAGAGCUUAACUAUGAGUAAAGCAGUUGAAGCUGAUUCAACAGCCUACACAA